AUGUGCCGGGUGAGGGGGGCUGUGCGGAGUGGGGUGCCGAGCGGGGUGCGGAGUGCUGUGAGGAGCGGGGUGCGGGGUGCGGAGCGCUGGGAGAUUUACGGAGCGGGUGCGGAGCUGUGGUCCCGCGGAGCGGGUGCGGAGCGGGGUGCGAGGUGCGGGGAGCGGGGAGAUGCGCGGAGCGGGGUGCGGGAUGCUGUGAGAAGCGGGGUGCGGAGUGGGGUGCGGAGUGCUGGGAGAUGUGCGGAGCGGGAUGCGGAGCGGGAUGCGGAGCGGGAUGAGGAGCGGGAUGCUGAGCGCGACGCGGAGCGGGAUGAGGAGCGGGAUGCGGAGCGGGAUGCGGAGCGGCAAAGAGUGAAAUCUUCCCAGCUGGUCAGCAUGUUUAGGAGAGAUUUGAGACCUCAUUCUUACUUCUUCAGCUUUCUGGUCGCUCUGUCCAGGAGUCUCCUUGCCUUUGCAGCCCUUGCUAAGAACCAGACUUCCACAGGUUUUGCUCCUGUCACAAUCGAGACCGCGAGACACACGUAUGAAUACGUGGCCACUGCUCUGGACUGGUGGCAAGCUGACAGGUACUGUGAGCAGCACUUUGCUCAGCUGCUCUUUGAGCCCCAGGACAGUGAGCAAGGCUCCUUCAGCAGACUGCUGCAGUCCCACCACAUCAGAGGCUCUGUCUGGCUGAAGGAAAGGGACAGCGUCCUGCACAAAACAAAGAGGAGACGUGGCCACACUGUGCCAGUCUUGGUAUUCGGAGACAAAACAGACACCAAGUAUGUGAAGGUGCUCUCUGAGUUCCCGGCACUGCCUGCUGUCACAGCCUGUGCCCACCUGCAGUGGGACACCAGGACGCAGGAGGUGGCCACCAUCUUCUCCUACGCCGUGCCUGCCUUCAUGAACGAGUUCCAGCUCCGUGGCUUUGCAGAUGAGGAAGGCUUUGUUCGCUUUGCUCUCAUCGUCCACGGGCACCAUUCCCCUUACCUGCCUGUGUUCCGUGCUGACGGGCGGUGGCAUCACUUCUGUGUCACCUGGCGGCAGCAGAACGGCACCUGGGCCAUCUACGCCGAUGGCAAAAGGAGGGCAGCAGCCAGUGGUUUGUGUUCUGUGGGACCCUCUGCCCCCCAGCCCAUCUCUGGCCAGGGCACCUUCAUCAUUGGGCAGGACCAAGAUUCCCUGGGGGGCACCUUCAGGGCAAAGGAGUCCUUCAGUGGGAACAUCACUGACCUGCACAUCUGGCAGAGAGUCCUCAGCACCGAGCACAUCGAGAAGGUUCGCUCCUGCUGGGUGGUAGAGCAAGACCUGGUUUUUGGGUGGAGCUCAAAUGCCCUGGAAGUGGAGAGCACUGUUCAGGCAGUGGCCACGCAGCUUCUUUGCCCAGGGCCCGUGGAGGAAUGCAGAGUUUUGGAAGUUGGCAGCAGUGGAUUCAGUUAUGCAUCUUGUUUGCAGACUUUGCCUUUCAUCUGUCACUACAGCAAGGAUGCAUACUGGCAACUGAAAAGAGCUCAGCUGGAGUCCAGCCACUCGCUCGCCAGCCGUGUGAACACCCUUGCAGUGAGGACAGUGAUUCCUGACAGCAUCUUCAUGAGUGGUGUGCAAGACAUGAACCUCUCUGUGGCUCUUGAUGCUCUUGAUAUCUUGGCAACUGUUCUGAGAGAAGGAGAAGUGCCCGUGCUUGAGCCAUCUGACCUCCUUGCAGUCCUUCAAUUACUAAAGCAAGUGUCAGAUUUGGAAAUCCAGGAGGGAGAUGAGCUGGAGAUGUUGGAGCAGUUGGGCCAGUAUUACAUGGAAGUAACUGAGUUAAUUCUGGAAGAGCAGAACACUGGGACAUGGUCACUGAUCAGCCAGGUUAUCAGGGGGCCCAUGGCUGUGGUUGAGCUCUGUGACAGGAUGGUGUCACUCUUGGUCCCACUGCUGACCACAGAGAGGACAAAGAUCACGAUCCAGCACGGGAAUAUUGGGAUGGAGGUGAGGGAGCUGGAGCUGAGCGAGCAGGAGCUCAGUGGGCAGGCAUACGUGGUCCAGACCCCUGAGAAAGGCAGGCACGACCUCAUCGAAGUUCCUGUGGAGGAAAUGCAAAGGCUGAAAUCCAGAGGUCUCCACAGGGUCACAGUGAAGAACAUGUGGUUUGGCUACGGCUCCCUGCAGCGCUGCCUGUCCGGCAGCGGCGCCAGCGCGGUGUCCCAGGAGCCGGCUGCCCCCGGAGGGGGACAGAAGUCCCCGAGCACCGCGGUGGGCACAGCGGUGGGCACAGCGGUGGGCACAGCGGUGGGCACAGCGGUCAUCUCGUGCACCCUGCUCAGCGGCCAGCAGGAGAUCAGCACGUCCGUGCGCUACCGCCUGCAGCACCGCGCCCAGGACCUGCCCGAUACUCUGGUGGGGCCCGUCUGUGCCUUCUGGAACUUCAGCCUCAGCCCCGAUGCUGGUGGGAUGUGGUCCACGGCCGGCUGCUCUGUGGCCAAGUCUCUCCCAGACUCCACUGCCUGUUUUUGCAACCACACCACCAAUUUUGCCAUCCUGCUGCAGGUGUACGAGAUGGAGAGGACCACCAAGGAGGAGUUCACACUGCAGACUUUGACUUUUAUUGGAUGUGGAGUUUCCUUCUGUGCCUUGAUUGUCACCUUCAUUCUGUUCCUGGUGGUUGGCGUCCCCAAGAGUGAAAGGACCACGGUGCACAAGAACCUGAUCCUUGCACUGGCUGCAGGAGAAGCUCUGCUCAUGUUCAGUGAGUUGGCCAAGCCCAGCCAGGUGCUGUGUUUCAUGGUCACUGCCUUCCUGCAUCUCUUCUUCAUGGCAGCCUUCUCGUGGAUGCUGGUGGAGGGGCUUCUCCUCUGGAGCAAAGUGGUAGCAGUCAACAUGAGCGAAGGCAGGAGAAUGAAGUUCUACUACGUGACAGGCUGGGGGCUUCCAGUCCUUAUCGUGGGGGUGACCCUUGCAACUUCCUUUAACAAGUAUGUGGCAGCCAACCACUGCUGGCUGAACGUGCAGACCAACGUCAUCUGGGCCUUCGUGGGGCCUGUGCUCUUCAUCCUGGCUGUGAACAGCUUGGUGCUGCUCCGGGUGGUGACGGUGACCGUGGCCAGCGCUCGCAGGAGGUGCAAGAUGCUGACACCCAACUGCAGCCUGGAGAGCCAGAUUGGAACCCAGAUCUGGGCCACGGCCAAGCCCGUGCUGGUGCUGCUGCCCGUGCUGGGGCUCACCUGGCUCUGUGGGCUCCUGGUGCAUCUCAGCAUCGUCUGGGCCUACGUCUUCAUUGUGCUGAACUCCCUCCAGGGCCUGUACAUAUUCCUGGUCUAUGCUGUCUACAACAGCGAGGUGAGGAAUGCCAUCCAGAGGAUGAAGGACAAGAAGAAAGCCCUGUCGUUCACAAACUGCUCUCAUCCCAUCAACUACUUAUCCAGCCCUAGAAACACGACCUCCUGGGACACAGGGAAGCUGAGUCCUGCAGCUGGGACUGCCCUGCCAAGCCCUGUGCAGAAAGACCCUCCAGUGAGGAACAUCACCAGCAGAGGAAAUUUUGGAGCCAAGAUUCCCAUGGGCAUUUCCUCCAUUAUGUCACCCGAGAGACCGGCCGUAGAGCUGACAGCGUUCAAAAGCUCAGUGUCUGAGCAGGGCAUGCUCAGGCUCUUUUCGAGACGAUGCCACCCAGAAGCAGUGCAGCUUUCCUCCCCACACUGGGCACAUGAGAAAGGCACAAACUGUGGCACCCAGGAGUAG